AUGUGGCUGGCAGCAUCUCACGCUGUCAUUAGGAGCGGCGCUGGGUCCUACGACAAGGUCUCAAUUAAGUUUUAUUACUCCGUCCAGGGUUCACGCCUCGGCCGACACCAACUUGCGUCACGUAAGCCCUGGCUGUCCACGGCGAAUGAUUUAUAUGACAGUACUCCAGGGGGGGUGAAGUGGGAGGUGGAGAGCGGGGGGGGGGGAUAUGCUGCCGCUUCGCUUGUGAUUAUCACAGGCGCUACACGAGACUGCCGCAGAAUGCCUGCUGAUGUUUUAAUCUAUCACACAAGUCUUCUUCUUGCGAGCGUCCACGGUGCUAUCAUCCUGCUGAAGCGGGCGUGGUUACACGACACAACAAAUUGUCAGCCGCCCGCCACCGCCAGAGGGCGCCCCGCGCCGCUCACUGAUCGCACU